GGGGGAUCGACGUACACUAUCUUAUCUUGCCAUGGUCGACGAGCACGGGCAGGAGUGCGUGAGGCUCAACCUCGAAGACCGAGUGCACCAACUCGGUGAUCUGGCCAACAUCCAGCUACCCUGGUCGGAGUUGUGAACGUUUGCGAUGAGGAUCUCUCCCAGGGAGGAGGCGAAGCUCCUGCUGCACCAAGCAGGCUUUCUCGCGCAGAAGCGUCUCGCGCGGGGAUUGCAGCUGAACCAAACAGAGGCCGUCGCGCUCAUCGCUUCGCAGCUGCAAGAGCGCAUCCGCGAUGGGAAGCACUCCGUAGCCGAGCUAAUGCAGCACGGCAAGACGCUGCUCGGCCGCAGACACGUCCUUCCCGGUGUUUCCAGCCUCUUGCACGAGAUCCAGGUGGAGGGCACGUUUCCAGACGGCGUCUUCCUAGUUACCGUGCACGACCCCAUUUGCAACGAUACUGUCGAGCUCUCACAUGCGUUGUACGGCUCAUUCCUGCCUGCCCCUCCGGACCAUGCCUUCCCGGUGAUCGACCCGGACGAGUAUUCUCGAGCCAAGGCUCCUGGAGCAGUCAUCGUCAAAAGAGAACCAAUCGUUAUCAACCGCGGACGCGAGCGCGUCAAGCUCCGUGUCACAAACGAUGGAGACCGCCCGAUCCAGGUCGGCUCCCACUACCACUUCAUUGAGACCAACAAGGCCCUCGUCUUUGACAGGGCGAAGGCAUACGGCAAACGGCUUGACAUACCUGCAGGCACAGCCGUGCGCUUCGAGCCUGGUGACAGCAAACAUGUCACCCUCUGCGCCAUUGCGGGCAAGAAGCUCAUCACAGGCGGGAAUCGCCUCGCGACGGGCGUGUUCGAUCCUGCAAGGACCGAUGAGAUCGUAUCAGCUUUGGUACAGAGGGGCUUCGGACAUACACCCCAGCCUGGUACGCUUGAGAUCACCGUGGACACGACUGUCAGCAGGGAGUCGUAUGUCGCCAUGUUCGGACCUACUGUCGGCGACCGAGUGAGGUUGGGCGACACUGAGCUGUGGAUUGAGGUCGAGCGCGACGAGACUGUCUACGGGGAUGAGGUCAAGUUCGGUGGAGGCAAGACGAUCAGAGAGGGCAUGGGCCAAGCCACCAAUCGGUCUGAGGCAGAUUCCCUCGACCUUGUCAUCACCAGCGCGUUGAUCGUCGACUGGACCGGGAUCUACAAGGCAGACAUUGGGGUCAAGGGCGGCCGUAUCGUCGGCAUAGGCAAAGCGGGCAACCCAGACGUCAUGGCAGGCGUACACCCGAGCCUCAUCGUCGGCUCCUCCACGGAAGUCAUCGCCGGGGAGAAGCUCAUCGUCACCGCGGGCGCGAUCGACGCACAUGUGCACUACAUCUGCCCGCAGCAGGUUACGGAGUCGCUCGCAUCGGGCGUGACGACGAUGAUCGGCGGAGGAACCGGGCCUAGCGCGAGCACGAACGCGACGACGUGCACGCCGAGUCCGUUCUAUAUGCGGCACAUGCUGGCUGCGACGGACACGCUGCCGAUGAACUUUGCGUUCACCGGUAAGGGAAAUGACUCCGGUGAGACCGCACUGGAGGAAAUUGUGAAAGCUGGCGCGGCCGGAUUGAAGCUGCAUGAGGAUUGGGGCUCGACUCCGUCUGUCAUCGUGAAGGCUCUGGAUGUCGGAGACAAGUAUGAUGUUCAGGUGAACAUCCAUACUGAUACACUGAAUGAGAGUGGAUUUGUCGAAAGUACCAUCGAGGCAUUUGGUGGACGAACAAUCCACACGUACCACACGGAAGGAGCAGGUGGCGGACAUGCGCCGGAUAUCAUCGUUGUGUGCGAGCAUGAGAAUGUUCUUCCUUCAUCUACGAACCCCACGCGGCCGUACACCAACAAUACGCUCGAUGAACACCUUGACAUGCUCAUGGUCUGCCAUCAUCUGGACAAGUCUAUCCCGGAAGAUCUCGCAUUCGCCGAAUCGCGUAUUCGCGCGGAGACCGUAGCCGCCGAGGACGUCCUGCACGACAUCGGCGCGAUCAGCAUGAUCAGUUCCGACUCGCAGGCGAUGGGCCGCGUCGGUGAGGUCAUCAGCCGCACCUGGCGCACCGCGAGCAAGAUGCGGGACCUCCGUGGCCCGCUGACCCUCGAGGGCGACAUCGCCGGCCGGGACAACUCCCGCGUCAAGCGCUACAUCUCCAAAUACACCAUCAACCCCGCGAUCACGCAUGGGAUGAGCCACCUCGUGGGUUCGAUUACCCCGGGCACGCUCGCCGACCUCGUACUCUGGAAGCCAGAGAACUUCGGCGCCAAACCCGAGAUGGUGCUGAAGUCUGGAGUCAUUGCAUGGGCACAGAUGGGUGACGCAAACGCGUCCAUCCCGACGGUCCAGCCUGUCAUGGGCCGGCCGAUGUGGGGGUCCCACGCCAUGUCAGCUGCACUGAACUCGGUGGCCUUCGUGUCUAGCAUCUCGGUCGAGCUGGAGAUCCAGAAGCGCUACGGGCUGAGCAAGCGCUGCGAGCCCGUGAGCAAUUGUAGGAACGUCACGAAAAAGGACAUGAAGUGGAACUUUGCCACCCCAAAAAUGAAGGUCGAUCCGGAGAGCUAUGAGGUGCGGGCGGAUGAUGUUCUGAUGGACAUCGAGCCCGCGGAGCGCUUGCCUCUGGCAAGGGCCUACAAUCUGUUCUGAGUGGUUUCAAUCAGUGUAUUAUGAUGUAAUUGUUUGAGCGCGAUGAUUGCAGUG